AUGGGGUCAACACAGUUUGGCAAUUUCCAGGCGUUCUGCCAUGACUCGACUCUCCCGAUAUGCAACCUUCUUUCAGACAGUCACAACCAGACUGGCGGGUGGCAAGGAUGCGAGCUGAGGGGAAUACCACUGAGCGAUGGUAAACAUUUGGGGAAUCUAGGGUCUAUCCUUCUUUGCGCUCUCGCCAUCGUGGUAACAACAUUUCUCUUGCUGAGAUCGGAAAGGAAAAAGGCCGCUGUUGGGCGAAGAGAGAUGCAGUUGUUCCUUGCUUGUUAUAUUAUCAUCGAGAUUUGCGAGAUCUUCACCGUGGGAGAGUUCCCGCUUAGCUCUAAAGUUCGGAUCGCUUUCACCGGAAUACAUGUCGGCAUGAUUAUUGCAGCGACAUGGAUACUCAUGCUCAAUGCUGUCGUCGGCUAUCAAAUCAUCGAUGACGGAACGCCGCUGUCUCUGGGUCUGAUGGCCAUUUCAGGUGCAAUCCUCCUCAUCGGUACUGGUUACAUUGCCUUGGACACGGGAUACCAUUGGACGGGCAGAUGGGACUCUAGCUACAACGAACCGUACCGACACAUCUCGCUCUACGUGCUGUAUCAACUGGCGCCAUUGGUCUUCCUUAUUGCUUUCUUCGUCCUCGAGGCAAUCCUGGUCAUUCGAAUCCUUGGCGAAGUACGGCCGAUGGCAUACCUCACUGGUGCGGCCGUGCUCUUUGCACUGGGCCAGAUCUUCAAUUACGUUAUCAGCCCGUAUAUCUGCAAUGGCACCGCAUCCAAGAUUGAUGGAGCGCUCUUUGAGACUCUCUUCACUCUGCUAUCGGUGGUCAUGAUCUGGGUUUUCUGGUCGAGCAUUACAGAAGACGACUGGCCGAUUGCGAGCGCACCCACAGGUUACGCAUGA